GACUUCAGUCAUGGAAUCAGACAUUAAUUUAUGUCGUGCAGUUCUUCUCCCGGUCUGAUGAUCUGAGGAAUAGUCGGACUGGAGAUCAGAUGGCAGAUUUAAGGAUGUUUGUCCCUGAUGUCUCAUAUUCAGUGCUGUUGUUGGGCAUAUCGUUUCUCACUGUCUUCACUAAGACUUCACAGGAGUUCUCAGGUUAUCUGUCACGUGUGCUGAGGAAUUAUACUGAACAAGCGUGCGACGGAGACUUCCUAACAGUUCGCUGUCCGCCCAGAACCUCCAUCACUGUCCAAUCAGCUUUCUACGGCAGAAAAGACUCUGCCCAUUCACCACUGUGCCCGCUUAAUUAUAACAGUGCUGCUACAAGCUCAGAGAAUGACAUCACUUCCUGUAAUGUGUCAACAUCCUUGCAGAAGAUGUUGGAUGAAUGUGAGGAUAGGAGAAGCUGUCAUGUUCUUGUCAACAGUCGUUUGUUUGGGACGGACCCCUGUCCAACCGUCAGCAAAUACCUCAGCGUGCGGUACAAGUGCAGGCCGAAUGAGUAUAAGAGUAAAGUUGUGUGUGAAGGGGAGCGGUUGCAGUUGGGCUGUAAGACGGGAAUGCAAAUCGUAGUUUAUUCUGCAAUGUUUGGCCGCACGCAGAAGGGAACGCUGGAGUGUCCUCCAUACCACUGGGGGGCGUCAUCUGUCGACUGCUCGUCAGACGUGGCUCUGCAAGUGAUGACAUCACGUUGCCAGGGGAAACGCACCUGUGUGGUCCGCGCCUCUACACAAGAAUUCGGAGACCCCUGUUACCGUGCCACCCACAAAUACCUCAGCGUCAUACACACAUGUGUCCCACAGAAACUCCUUCAGGAAUCAGUUUCCAGGCAUCCGUCGUUCCCCACUUCCCCUUCUCUGCCUCAUGACCCCAACGUGGUAGGAGAUAGCGCCCUUCCUGACGAGACCCCGCCUCUGACCUCUGACACUUCAUCAGGGAGGUCGACACGAGGCUGGAAUUCUGGUCCGUAUUCAGAGAAGCCGGAUCAGUCUGGAGAAAGAGAGAGAGACAGUGAUCCAAACCCCACCAUCUCCACCAUAAGCAGACCAGCGAUGGCUCUCAUCAACAGCGCCCUGGCAACAUACUCCUACAUCACAGGGCAUCCUGAGUGUUGUGGGCUCUAUUUCAUGUGUGGUGUGUGUGCUGGUCUAUUCCUCACACUCUUCAUGGUGGUCAUUCAGAUCUCCUGUCGCACGGACUAUAUGCCUCGUCCCGCAGUCGCUAAGAAACAGCCACGACCCGCAGACGGCGACAGCGACACCACUGACUCUGACUCAGACUGGGAAAUGAGUUCAGACCUCUCGGCCCGCCGACACCGGCGGUUUGAGCGCACGCUCAACACAAACGUCUUCACAUCGUCCGAGGAGCUGGAGCGAGCGCAACGUUUGGAGGAGAGAGAGCGAAUCAUACGAGAGAUCUGGAUGAACGGACAGCCGGACGUCCCCGGCACACGUAGCCUAAAUCGCUACUAUUAGGGCGCCACCUCUGAUUGGACAAUUCCAGAAACGAAGCUACUACUUGGAGUUGUAGUUUUCUGAUAACUAAAGAAGCUGCAUUUAUCGCCAUCAUGUGUGGCAUGAAAGUGCGCCUUCCUUUGCAGUGGAAAUAAGCUCUUCGUUUCGGCGAGCUUUAUGCGUAACCUUCAGUACGCUGAGGUGAAGGCCAAAUGCUCUGACCACCUCCUCUUCUCUGGACUGAGGCUGAAGCUGAGGCUCAUGGGAGAUGUAGUCCAUUUGAAGACUGGCUCUAGGAGUCUGUAGGCAGCUCUAAAAGGCAUGAUAAGCUUUAAGCACUGUUAUUGGUCCUUCGCUGUGCCUGUCCAACUGUAAGGAACUGCUUCUGUAGGGAGAGACACAGAGUAUUUACAGUCACCAAUUUAUGUGCCUUCCAGUUUUCAUCUGAAAGAAAAACACACAUACAGUGGGCCUAAAAAGUCUUUGGAUAAUGUACUAAAGCAAAUAUGCAAAUAACAACAUGAUGCUAGAGCUUUUCUCAGAAAUAACUUCACUUUUCUGAGCCAUUUUUGCAAUGACUUUUAGUCAGCAGAUGUCAGGGUGAUAUUAGCUGAAUUGUGCGAGCAGAUUAACCACAGGUGAAGUUCAUCACAUUAACUAUGAACAUGUUCCACUAAUGUUUGACAACAAGAAAGUGCAAAUAAUUUAGACUUCAUUUUAUACAGUAUAUGUAUUGUUUUUAUUAUUAUUAUUAUAAUUUUCUGUAAAUAUUAAAGACACUGGGAUUUACAUGUUAUUAUAUAAAAUACAAUUUUCCAAAUACUUUCUGGGGCCGCUGUAUAUAUGUAUGUGUGUGUGUGUGUGUGUGUGUGUGUGUGUGUGUGUGUGUGUGUGUGUGUGUGUGUGUGUAUAUUUAGUAUGUACACUGCCUGGCCAAAACAAAUGUUGAAUACUUUUAGUUGGACUGCCUUUAGCUUUGAUUGCGGUGCCCAUUCGUCUCAGCAUUGUUUCGACAGGUCACAACAUUUAUUUCCAUCCAGAGUUGCAUUCAUUUUUGGCCGAGAUCUUGUAUUGAUGACGGGAGAGUCGAACCACUCCGUAAAGUCUUCUCCUGCACAUCCCAAAGACUUUCAAUGGGGUCAAGUUCAGGACUCUGUGGUGGCCAAUUCAUGUGUGAAAAUGAUUCCUCAUGCACCCUGAACCACUCUUUCACAAUUUGAGCCUGAUGAAUCUUGGUAUUGUCAUCCUAGAAUAUGCCGGUGCUGUCAGGGAAGAAAAAUCCAUUGAUGGGAAAACCUAUCCUAUGGAUGACAGGUGCAUCAUGCGCUUCCCUUCUUGCAUUUACAUACCAACAUUUAUGCAUUUGGCAGAUAGCGACUUACAGAGCCCUUAUUACAGGGACAAUUCCCCGGAGCAACCUGGAGUUAAGUGCCUUUCUCAUGGACACAAUGGUGGUGGCUGUGGGGAUCGAACCAGUGACCUUCUGAUUACCAGUUAUGUGCUUUAGACCAUUACACCACUACCACUUCCACAAUUCUUACCCUGAUGUGCCCAUCGCUUUGGAAUAGGGUAAAUCUGGACUCAUCAGACCACAUUACCUUUUUCCAUUGCUCCACAGUACAAUCUUUAUGCUCCGUAGCAUAAAACAAUCUGAUUAGCCUCACUAACAAGUGGCUUUCUUGUGGCCGCUUUGGUGGAUUAACGUACCAAGUUCCUUCCGAAACAGCAAAGUCUGUACAUUAUUCCAAACUUAUGGCCACCAGUCUAAGUAAAUAUAUAUAUAUAUAUAUGACAUUCUGUAAAAUCACUUGAGCCUUCUAUUUUGAUAUUUAAAAUGUUUUUUGUUGUAGAUGUUACUAUUUUUGAAUUAAAUAUUUUUAUACUGUGGCAAAGCUUGCCUGAUUGCUCAGGGAUGCAAUUCAAGUGUUUCUGUAUAACGCUUAUAUUCCUUAAAAGGGAAUGGAGAGCCCUUCAAGUGUUUCUACAUAGGCAACGGUAACCUCAAAGAGGUUUUUAAUAGGAACUAGUAAUGCACACGCUGUUGUACCUUAAACACAAUCAGUCAAUUAUGUAUUCAUUGAUCAAUCAAUUUAUACUCUUUCAGCGUUUUUUUUUUUUUAUACAGUAGCUAUUUAAUAGUUACAGACUCUUCCUGUUACGAGACAUGAGGAAGAACCAAUUCCUCUUAAUUUAGAUGAGGCCUGAAUUAUACCCUAUCUAAUUAUACACUCCUAAUAUAAAGGUUUUCAGUGGCCCUUUGGUUAAGGAAAGAAAAGUGUCCCUUCUUAUCAAAAUUAUGUUUUUUUUUUUUUUCUGUAUAGGGUUGUUGAGUUGCUUCAUGAUUCUUUGGAGAUUAAAAAGUUCUCAAUGUUACAUUAUUCAUCGGAUCAGAUUGUUUGUGUAAUCCCUAUGUACAAAGCCAAAAUAAUAAUAAUAAUAACAAAAUAGAAAAGCACAUGAAGUGAACCAAAUAUUUGUUUGUAUGUUUGUUUGCUUGUUGAUUGUGUUGCACCCAAGCUCUUAAUGCUAUGCAGAAAGUUGUAUGUAAAAACUUGCAAACUGCUGUUAUGUUUUUAAUCUUCCAAUGCUAUUUCUGCAUGAAAUGCUAAAAAAAAAAAAAAAAUGUUUUUAUUUUAUUUGUUUAUUAUCGGUAAACAUCAAUUGUUUUGUUUUGAUUGCAACCACUGCCUUAACCUGAGACUGUGUAUUGAACAAACUUCAUUGAAUAAACUGAACUUGUA